AUGAAGUUCUCUCAUUCUAUCAAGUUUAAUGCUGUACCUGAAUGGCAGGACUAUUACUUGAACUAUCCUGCCUUGAAAAAAGUCAUUUACAAUGCCCAGCAAAACCAAUUGGAAAAUUCCGAACCUAAUGAUGGCUCAAUAAAGGUCAACCACGCUAAUAUCUCUGACUUGAUAAGAAUCGCCAGAAGAAAUAAGGCUUUGCAAGAAAGACGGGAAGCGAUGCAAAUGGCUUCUUCUAGUGCAGUGGAUGAGGAAGACAUCUCUAAUGAAAAAUUCAAUCCUUCUAAGCUAGUGAACAAGUUGAGAUUUAAAAAGAACAAAGACAUUACCGAAGAAAAAGAAAUUGAAAAAGGUGUUUCUGCGGGCGAUGAUGUUGAAGUGCAUCUGUUUGAACUUGAUGGGUCUACUUACCGCGGCUCCAUUGACUUGGACGUAUUUACUGAAGCAAAUGAAGCUUUUUCUGCACAAGGUGGAGCUGACCCUUUACCAAUUUUCUCCAAGUGCUUAUCCGAUGAGUUGACCAAAAUCGAUAAAUUUUUCAAAGCUAAAGAAGCUGAACUUUACCAUCAAUAUGACAACUUGAUGAAAGAUUUGGAAGCUAACAGGUUCCAUGAUAAGCUCCAGUUCAGUAGUGCUUAUCACGGUGGAAGUGCAGAUGAGAAAGACUACGUGAGAUCCACAUUAGAGCGGACUACUACCAAUGCUUCGGUUUUUGAUACAGUCAACCAUUUAGACAUUGACAUGGAGAAGGGUAGCAUCGAGGAGGAUGAGGAAGAAGAUGAUGAUGAAGAGGAAGAUGAAGAUCAUCACUCCUCAAACUCUGCGUUGUUGACAAAGGAAGACUUCGACGUCAAGAAACAAAAACAAAUCACAUUGAAAAGAAGAUCCAUUCAUAUGUUCAUUUCUUUGAGUGAAUUGAAGUCUUUCAUUGAGUUGAACAGAAUUGGAUUUACCAAAAUCUGUAAAAAAUUUGACAAAACUUGCAAUUACUCAGUGAAGGAGGAUUUCAUCAACAACUUCUUACCCAACAAUUCCAGAACUUUCUUCCCACAAACAAGCGAAAAACUUGAUUACAGCAUUGAACACUUAGUGCAUAUCUACGCUACUCUCUCAGGAAGAUCUUACACAGAUAAAGAAGCUUUAGAUGCGAUCCGUUUGGAGAUGAAAUCGUACUUGAGGGAUCACAUUGUUUGGGAGAGAAAUACCGUCUGGAAGGACUUGUUAUCAUUGGAGAAAAAUAAUUACAAUUUGAACCUUGACGAAACUGCUGUUGGAAAGAGUAAGCUUGGCGAUGAAGCUCAGUUGACAUCAUUGUUGCAGUUGCUGAUGAAAGAUAUUAAAAUUCCAUUCACAGAGAAACACAUUUCCCUCCCAAAAUUUUUGUUUACUUCACAAAUCAUAAAAUUAACAAUCAUUAUUAUUGUUUUUAUUAUCCUUUUGGCGGUGAAAACGAUGAACGAUAAACAAGAAGCUCGUUGUUUAGCAGUUCUCGUAGCUUCAGCUAUGUUGUGGGCAACCGAAGCUUUACCUUUGUGGGUUACAUCUAUGUUAGUCCCUUUGUUGGUUGUUACAUGUCAGGUCUUGAAAGACAGUAAGACAGGGGGACCAAUGGGGGCAGCUGACGCAUCCACUUUCAUCUUGGGUAAGAUGUGGUCUUCCACGUUAAUGAUUUUGUUGGCUGGAUUCACAUUAGCUGGAGCAUUGUCGAAGUACAACGUCGCCAAAAUUGUAUCGUCUUACAUGUUAGCAUUUGCAGGAACGAAACCACGGAAUGUCCUAUUUGCAAUCAUGUCUGUCGCAUUGUUCUUAUCAAUGUGGAUCUCUAAUGUUGCUGCACCAGUUUUGGCUUAUUCUCUUAUUCAACCCGUCUUGCGCACUUUGCCAACCGAAGCUCCAUUCUCUCAAGCAUUGGUUUUGGGAAUUGCGUUGGCAUCUAACCUUGGUGGUAUGGCAUCUCCUAUUGCCUCUCCCCAGAAUGUUAUCGCUAUUCAGUACAUGAACCCUAAUCCAGGAUGGGGUAAAUGGUUUGCUGUGGCGAUUCCAGUUUCUGUUUGCAGCAUGAUCUUUAUCUGGAUGGAGUUGAUCCUCACUUUAAGAUUUCAACUUUCCAAAGUGAAGGCCCUACAAACCGAUCAAGGAAAAAACUCACUGCUAAGCAAUGGUACGUGA